CUAAGCAGGUUUAGCCCUGCACAGCCACGCUUGCUACAAAGCAGCCAGUUACUUACUCACCUUACUGGUAAUGUCUAGUGCAGUUUCAUUGUGAACCGUCUUGGUCUUCAUGUUCAGCCGACAUGCUAACUGCUGCUUAAGGAAGUUCAUACUUGAUGUGUACUUUCUCAUGUUAUAAAGAUGACAGUGAGGCUUUCAAGACAAUGAAGAAUGAGUGAUGAGGCAACUGUUCUUGCAGGCAUGAGUAUCCAGGGAAAAGUGUUAGUCUCCCGGGACUACUCUGAGGGAGACAAAGAUGCUGACACACACAUCACAGGAACACAUGAGAAGAAGUGAGGCAAGAAGAAGCAUCAGAACACGAUGGAGGCAGCGUGUCCAUCAUCAGCAUCAUCGGAUGCCGAUGGGAACAUGCGGAAUGUUCUGAGAGGGCACACGAUUCCCGUGAUGAAGACCAGCAACAUGAUCCGUGUGUUCAUCAGCUCCACCAUUACAGACAUGAGCGGUGAGAGGAAGGCUCUUCUGGAGAAAGCAUACCCACAAGUCCUUUCAUGGUGCCGCAACCUGGGAUUGGUGUUUGAGGUGGUAGACCUGCGCUGGGGGAUGGGAAAGGUGACGUCAGGGGAGCAUGACGCCUGUGAGCUCUCCUUGCGAGAGAUCUCCAUCAGCAAGAAGAUGUCCGCUGGUCCCGCCUUCGUGGCUCUGUUGGGGAACCGCUACGGCCACCGAGCGCUUCCUGCUGAGAUCCCAUGCAAACAGUUUGAGCUGUUUGUGUCCAAGCUGGCCAACAAGCCGGACGCCGUCCGUAUGCUCGACCAUUGGUACACGAGGGACGACAACGCGGUCCCACCCACCUACGUUCUGCUUCCAGUCACAACUGGCUUCCCUCACUACAGUGACCUCCGACCUGACAGUGCAGCAAAACGUGAUGAGGAGGUGGCUUCCUGGCGUUUGAUAGAGGCGCAAUUGUUACAGCACCUGCGCUCGGCUGCCAGGGAGGCCGCGGCCGCCGGCAACAUUACAGUAGAUGAGCGAUGCGUCUUCUUCACAUCAGUCACAGAGCGGGAGUUCCAGCACGGUUUAGAGCAGGACGGCACCUCUGCUCUGCUCUUUAUUCGAGAGAUCCCUCGCCUGGCGAGGGGUGGGCCGAGACGUCUCGCCAGGUUCAUGGACGCCACUGCUGAUGGGCUGUUAGAUGCGGAAGCACAGGGGCUCCUCGCUGGCCUCAAGUCCCGUCUCCACACCUCAUGCAAGGACAAGGUGAACGUGCACAGCGUGGAGCUCAGCAGGGGAGUCAUAGAGCCCAGAUGCAAAGAGCACGCUCAGUACUUGGACACCAUGUGCGAGCAGUUCGUGUGUCAGAUGAAGGCUAAGAUCACAGCGGCACUCUCCUUGGAGAGCGGUACCAGGAAAGUUUGGGGAACCCCAAGAGAAGAAAACAAAUACGAGUGGGUGGAGGAAGAGGUCAGCCGCCAUUUUGCCUUGAGCAAACUGGUGUGCUGUGGCUUCUACGGUAGGGAGGGGCUUCUGGCUAAGCUGUGCCUCACCAUGUGGGAGUCCACCAACAUCGGUCACAGGCCACUGGUGGUGCACGGUGCCGCCGGGAUGGGCAAGACGGCGCUCUUAUGUAAGCUGGCGCAGAAGAUGCGGAGCGUGCUGGAGGCCCAGGCCAUGGUGGUGGUCAGAUUGCUCGGGGCUCACCAUCCUCUGAGAGAAGAUGUUGACCAUCUUCUCCUCAGCCUCUGCUUCCAAAUCUGUCUGGCGUGUGAUUUAGCUCUACCCAUCUCACUGAGCAAUCACCAGGAACUGGUCAGCUUCUUUCAGGAAGUUCUGGUCUCCGUUUCCCAGCAAGGUGGCGUACUGCUCGUCAUCUUGGAUGCUGUUGACCGCCUGUGUGACCACCAUCGCACGUUGUGCUGGCUGCCGGAGAAGCUCCCGCCAAAUGUCCACCUUGUUGUUUCCAUGGACACCAACAGCGAAGCCUUCGCCGCUGUGCGCCUCAAGCUGAAGUCGCUGGAGUAUUUUUUUGAAGUUGAGCGCCUGACACGUGAUGAAGGUCGACACAUCCUGGAAUCACAGCUGAGCGGGUCGCAGCGAACGAUGACCCCUGAGCAAGCCACCGCCGCACUGCAAAGCUUCGACUCGACGGGCUGUCCGCUCCACCUCCGACUCAUUGUGUCUGCCGCCAAACGCUGGACCUCCUAUACCCCGCUGACACGCCUUUGCCUGGGCACCAAUUCACAGGAAAUGAUGUCGGAGCUUUUCCUCAUGCUAGAGGAGAAACAUGGCAGGGAGCUAGUGGGCGGGGCCUUGGGUUACAUUGCACUGGCCAGGGAAGGCUUGCUGGAGGCAGAACUACGUGACAUUAUGUCACUGGAUAAUGAUGUCAUCAGUGAGGUAUACAAGUUUUCCCUCCCACCCACACCCUCCCUAAUUCGGUUGCCCCCCAUGCUGUGGUCCCGCCUCCGAAGGGACCUGGAGGACCACCUGGAAGAGCGAUGGACACGCGGCGUUGUCACCAUGGCCUUCAGGGAGCGGUGUCUGUGGGAGGCGGUCUCGGCACGCUACCUGACAUCAGAGUGCAGGGGGCGGAGCCUGGCCAUCCUGGCAGAGUACUUCCAGGGUGUGUGGUUUGGAAAACUGAAGCCAGUGGCUCUUCCCGGCCUGACGCUGCUACUCGCUGACAGAAAGGUCCCGCCCCAGCCGCUGUGGUUUGCUCCGGGAUUGGCUAAUGUCAGGAAGCUUCAGGAGUUGCCCUAUCACUUGCUGCACGCUGGCCUGUGGGAGGAGCUACGUCAGGAUGUCAUUGGCAGUGGCGAGUGGCUUUACUGUAAGAGUGCCGUGAUGGGCGUGUCCAGUGUCAUCCAGGACUUGGACCAGUGUUCCAUCUACAUGGACUGCACGGAGACCCGCCUCCUGCGAGAUGCUCUGGUCCUUAUCAAACCCAAUCUGGACUUCCUGGACGGCUACAUGGGGGCGUCCCACUUCUACACAGAGUUGCUAGCGAGACUGUGCGAUUUGGCCACGCCCUUCCCUUCACUUAUUGGUCGACUGUGUGGUCAGUGUGAGGAGUUGUUGCUAACGUGUUCCGAGCCGGUCCUUAUUCCAAAGUGUAGCUUCCUGCCGCCGCCAGGGGGGGCGCUGCAGCACUCGCUGACGGGCCUGCGGGGAGGUGUGGUCUGUGUGGACAUCAGUGUGGAGGCAGGGCUUCUGGUCGCUGGUUCAGACAAGGGGGUCAUGGCGGCCUGGAGCCUUGCUGACCGACACCUUGAACGCACACUAAGCGCACACACGGCUGCCAUCCUGUCACUCAAGCUGCUUGACAGCCCCGCCCACUGCCUUUCAUUGGGUGCUGAUGGUUCUUUGAAGAGGUGGAACCUGACAACUGGCGAACAGAUGCUUUGUAUUCAAGAGGCGUGGCCUGUUGACCACACCCCCUCACCAGUCCACUUGCAUCUGUGCGGUCAGCUGAUCUUUGUGUACAACAAGACGCAGGUGUCCAUGUUGACAUCAGACGGCAUUCCGACGCUUCCAGUCAGCAGUGAUGAACGCUUGUUGUGUCUGGGACUUCUGGAGGAUUCUGUCAUGGUUCUGUCAGACUUCGGCCGAGUGAGAAUAUUUGGUCCUGGAGCCGGGCCUUCAAGUGUAGAGAUUCAGCUGGAAAACUGGGGGCAACCUUUGACCCCCAUUAACACCGUCACACUCCCCAAACACGGGAAAGUGUUCCUGGUUUCCACAGAAGGUUUUCUCUAUCAGAUCUCCAAGUCAGGAAAACAAACCUGUGUCAAGUUUCCUGUACAGCCAUCUUUGUUUUCUGUGACUGCUGAUGAGAAAAUCCUCAUGGCAGGAAGUGGUGUGACUUUGAGCCUCUUCAACAUCCACAUGGACUCCUUAGAAAGUUUCCUCAAGCUCAAACACGACGACCGCAUCUCGUGUGCUUGCAUCUCUCCUGAUGCACGACUCAUUGCCACUGGUGCCGUGGACCAGCUCAUACGAGUAUGGUCAGUGACCACUGGAGCGUUGCUGGAUGUUUUUUGUGGUUCUGAUGCUCCGAUCACAAGUCUUCUUUUCUACAAGUGUUUCCUGCUGUCUACGUGUGCGGCCGCUUCCUGUGUACACGUGUGGGCUGUGAAAUACGACAGCCGCCACAAGCCCACCGCCCACAUCCCCGCGGGCUCUGCCCAUGUAGCCGUCACUAAGGACACAGAGAACGUUUUUUACGUGAGUCAACAGGAACCUGCACAAGUGGUGAGCUGGAACAACCACACAGGCAAGCCAGCCGGGCGUCUGUUUCUGCCAGCAAAGGCAAGCUGUGUAGCGUUGGCACAGCAGAAACGCCUCCUGAUGGUGGGCCUGAGCAGCGGCACAGUGCUCAUUUAUCCUUUGGACCUUCCCGAUGAGACACUGUGCAUCCCGCCAUCAGAGAGCCAGUGCGCUGUGCUGCGUAUGGCGGUGAGCGUGCACGAGACACAUGCUGUGGUGGCCUAUGAGGAUUCACUGUGCAUUUUCGAGAUCGCCGCCAGGGAGUGUCUGCCCACAGUGGAAGGUCCACUGGAGCGCGUGCAGCUGUUGGCGGAGGACGGCCCGCUCAGUGCCGUGGCGGUGCUGUCGGACCGCCGCCUGCUUUAUGGGACAAUGUGCGGCCGUGUGACACUCUACGAUGCCGCCCAGCGCAGCAGCAUCGCUCUAAACUGCCACCAAACCACCAUCACAUGCUUGACCCCCAGCAACCGGGGCACACACUUCCUGGUAGGUUCCCAGGAUGCUGUGCAGCGACUGUGGAACCUCAAGCCGCUUGCUGUGAACCAUGUCAUGGAGUACAAGGGGCUGUUUUCAGAGGGUGUGGUGUGUGCCACCUUCUCAGAAAGUGACAAGGUGGUGUUCACAGGCUCACGGGACAAAACCAUCAAAGUUUGGGAUGUGAUCACAGGAAACCUCCUGCUGGUCCAAUACGUGGGCUCGACUGUGGUCGCCAUGGUGACCUACAGGAACGGCUUUGUGGCUCUGGCGCAGCGUGGCGUCGUCAUUCAGGAAGUGUUCCACUGUCCUGACCAUGUCGGGCCUGACCAUAACCCGCUGAGGACGAUCAAGGCUCAAUGCCGCGUCACCUCCACAGACCAGGUCUGUGCUGACCAGCGGGGGGAUGUGUCACACCAGCAAAACUUGAACCCUGCCGAUUUCACGCUCAGCUGCAAAGCUCAGCCUUCAUCCACGUGUACCCUCCUCUGACCUUGCCAAUGCAAACAGUGCUAACAGGAAACGAUGGUUGAGCGGACUCGGGUUACUGGGCAUUCUAACAUGUUGGGGUGAACUUCAGGUCAAGUGAUGAGAGCUGGUGACCUUUGGCCUGAAAUGACUCCACUUCUGAGUUUUUCUUUCGCAAAAUGUCUGCUAGUGAUAGUGAAACAUUUUAUUUGUGAUCCUUUUAGUAGUCAACACGUGAAUAAAUAUAUUUAUCUUAUUGAUAAUUGUUUCACUGAAUGUUAUUCAACAACUUGAGUCAACUAAAAUGUUGUUGAAGCUCAAAAGUGAAUAUUUAAAGCGCACCUUUUAUGCUUAUUUUGGUCCUUUGUAUUGACCCCUGUAGAGCAGCUACACACGAUAACCAGCACAGAAAGCUUUCUAGUUCUUCCAGAAUCUGCACCCAGCUGUAUUUCUUUGGAUUUCGUGGUUGUUCAGGUACCUCCAGGCAUGCCCACCCUGCUUGGUUGGUCACACU